GCGCAUGCGUGGUACCGAUCGGGUUUCCGGUACGGAUCGGGUAGCGACACCGCCUUCGUCAAAACCAACAUGGCGGCGACGAAGCAAGAACUUUGUUUUAAAAAGGAAACCGUAAGCAAACUCUUGUCAAGCUUCUUUAAGGAGGACAAAACCAAACUGAGUGCUGAUGCGGUUGUGCUCAUGACAGAAAUGCUGAAGGUGUUUGUAACAGAGGCUGCUGUGAGGUCACAGAAACAGGCCGAGUCGGAGGACUGUAACCAAGUCGAGAUUGAGCAUUUUGAAAAGAUUCUGCCACAGCUGCUUCUGGACUUUUAGAAAAGCCACAAGAUGGCGCCAGAGUGUUGUCAUCGUGUUUCCAUUCUCCCACCAUAACUGCACAACUUCCCAAACUUGUGGUCACAUUCUGUUAUUAUUGUUCUGUAUUUUUGAGCUUUUUAACAUCAAAUAAAAAAGCAGUGGAGUUUUCCGCAAUGAUGUCUCUGACCAAAUCGUCUCUGUGUAUCUGCAGAGCUCCUCACACUAUCUGUGUGGCUGCUGGUGACUCACUGAGUUCACGUACAGCUGUUAGAGUCCAGGCUGAGCUAGAUGUUCAAGGAGACGGCACCCUAGGAUUCGACCUGACACACCUGCUUUGUUCAUGAAGGUUCAGACUGGUUUUGUCUCUCAGCUGUGAUUUACAAAACAGACCUUCAGGUAGAGUUGAGCUUAAUUAUAAAAUUACUGGGCCAGAAAAUAAACAUUUGCUCAGUGAAUCGUUUUGUGGGAUUAGUGGCUUAGAAAGCAGUUUGUUAGAAAAAUCUGCAGAAUUCCUGUUUCUACAGUGUAUUUAUGACUCUGGAACUUACGUUUGAUCUUUUCAUAAAUAAAUGCAUUUUAAAUCA